GUCGCGGGCGAGGACGAGGCGGUGAUCGCGGGAGGGGCGGCGGUGGUGGCCGGGGAGACUUUAACAUUCCAUUCCGUCCUUCGCCUGGAGGAAGAGGACAGGGACCAUCGCAAGAGUCUCGUGGAGGGGGCGAUCGUGGCAGAGGGGGGUUCAGAGGUGACCGUGGCAGAGGAGAUUUCAGAGGUGGGAGGGGAGGUCCGCGGGGAGGAGGUGAUCGAGGUAAAUGGGUUUUUCUUUUUACGUGUCACUUGUCACUUGGCAUAUAUGUUAUGGCAUAUAUGAGAUCGUUGCAACUUGUACUUACGUUACAUCCCCGUGCUCAGUCCCGGCUACCCGCCUGCUCUAGAUGAGGGUGUUGCUAGUGUCGAGAAGGAUGUCGAAAAGGCACUCAAGGUCUCGUCGCAGAAGAAGAAUCUUGAUCCGCGAAUGCCUGAGCGACCUGGGUUUGGUACUCAGGGAAAGCAGAUCAUGUUGUGGACCAACUCUUUCCCGCUGGCGUUCAAGGGCGAUCUUCAACUAUACCGCUACAGCGUUGAGAUCUUGUCGGGUGAUGAGCGUGGUCGAGUUCCCACGGGCAAGAAGGUGAACCGCGUUAUCCAAUUGCUGCUCGAGGACCAUUUCGCGGCAAACAAGCGUGAUAUCGCUACCGACUUCAAGUCCAACCUUAUCAGCAAGACUCAGCUGGAGCUCCAGGAUGUCUAUGAGAUCCGGUACAGAAGCGAAUAUGAGGAUGAGAUCCCUGAGAACUCGCCUACUUACCGAUGCCGUUUGCAGGCUACGGGUACGCUUUCUACGUCUGAGCUGAUCAAUUACCUUACCUCGAGUGGUGUUGGUGCUAUGCUUCGAUCUAAGGAAGAGAUUAUCCAAGGCUUGAACAUUGUCAUGGGACAUACCCCCAAGGCAUCUACGGAGAUUGCAUCUAUCGGCCAGAGCAAGCACUAUAAGCUGGCUGCCACGGAGACUUUUGAUCUUGGUGCUGGUCUCAAGGCCCUCCAAGGAUUCUUCUUUAGUGUGCGUGCCGCUACUGCCCGUGUUAUCGUCAAUGUCCAGGUCAAGAAUGCUGCGUUCUAUGAAGAUGGCCCGCUUGAGCGGUUGAUGUAUGCUUACACGGAAGAGAAUGGCUCAAGCAAGGUCAAGCUUGGAAACUUCCUCAAGCGGGUUUCCGUUAGACUUACCCAUAUCAUCAAGAAGGAUAAAAAGGGCCGCGUGGUUCCAAGGAUGAAGACAAUUGCAGGUGUUGCAACCCGCGAUGAUGGUCGCGAUGAACAGAACCCCCCUAUCAUUCGCGAAUUCGGUGCUGGGCCUAAGGAUGUUCAGUUCUUCUUGGGCGGUGCUCCAGGUGAAGGGCCCGCAGGAAAGCCACAGUCUAAAGGCAAGGGCAAGAAGCCUGCUAAGGCUGGUCCCCCGCCUCCUUCUGCUGGUGGACGAUACAUCACUGUUUAUGACUUUUUCCGGGAGACCUACAACAUUACCAUCAAAGAUCCCAGUCUACCUGUUAUUAAUGUCGGCACUCGUCAGCGCCCAUCUUAUCUGCCUGCAGAUGUAUGCCAGGUGCUUCCUGGUCAGCCUUCGAACUCGAAGUUGAGUCCAUCUCAAACCCAGAGGAUGAUCCGAUUUGCAGUGCGUAAGCCUGCUCAGAAUGCGCAGUCCAUUAUCACCUCGGGAGUUCAGACAUUGGGUCUCGAGUCUGCUGACUCUACUCUUGAUUCGUUUGGAAUGCAGUUGACUCCCAAGUUAAUGACGGUUCCUGGUCGUGUGCUGAACUGCCCCGAUGUCAAAUAUGCUGGCAACAAGGUUAUCAAGCCUAGGUUUGGCAGUUGGAACAUGGUAUCCAUCCAAUUUGCCUCCAAAACGGAGCUGCCUUACUGGACAUACCUGUGGCUGUCUUACCCGAAUGGGCGCGAUCAAUGGAGAGAUGAGGAAGGGUUGAAACCGACGAUUGACGCUUUCACUGAUGUGCUCCGACAGACUGGCAUUAACGCUAUUAACUGCGUCCGUGGUCAGCGCGCUACCGUCCGAAGCGAGCAGGACAUCGACAAUGCCGUUCAAAAUUUCGCUCGUGCUCCCAAGCCUCCCAAGUUUAUCCUGGUCAUCUUGCCAGCGGCUGACUCAGCUAUCUACAACCAGGUCAAGUAUGCCUGCGAUGUCCAAGCUGGAAUUCCUAAUGUGUGCGUUGUUGCACAGAAAUUUGCAAAGCCCAACAACGCGCAGUACUUUGCGAAUGUGGCACUCAAGUUCAACCUGAAGCUUGGUGGUCGCAACCAGGUCUUGGACCCUGCCAAGCUAGGUGUUCUUUCCGAGGGCAAGACGAUGGUUGUUGGUAUUGAUGUGACGCAUCCGUCGCCUGGCUCGGCGUCUAACGCCCCUAGUGUGGCCGCUAUUGUUGCGUCUGUUGAUCGACAUCUCGCACAGUGGCCGGCUGAUUUGCGGGUUCAAACUGCGCGUCAGGAGAUGGUGUCUGAUUUGGACACUAUGUUGAAAUCCCGUCUCCAUCUAUGGAUGAAGCAUAAUGGCUCAUACCCGCAGAACAUUCUUGUCUACCGAGACGGAGUGUCUGAAGGACAGUAUGAUCAGGUUCUUGACAAGGAACUGCCGGCUCUGCGCAAGGCGUGCAAGGAGCUCUACCCGGCCACUUCUACCAGCAAGGGCUUCCCCAAGAUCACGAUUGUUGUUGUCGGAAAGCGCCACCACCACCGCUUCUACCCGACUAGGACGGAGGACGCGGACCGAUCAUCGAACCCUCAGAACGGUACCGUGGUCGACCGUGGUGUCACUGAAGCCUGGAACUGGGACUUUUUCCUGCAGGCGCACACUGCUCUCCAGGGGACUGCUCGUCCCGCCCACUACUACAUCGUCUAUGAUGAAAUUUUCCGCGACCAAAAGGUGCAAAAGCCAUUCCAGACUGCUGCCGACGCUCUUGAGGAUGUCACCCACAACCUCUGCUAUCUCUUUGGACGUGCCACCAAGGCCGUAAGUAUCUGUCCCCCGGCGUACUAUGCGGAUCUGGUUUGCGAGCGAGCACGAUGUUACAUGAGUGGAUUGUUUGAUCCUUCUCUCCCUGCGAGCCCUGCGACUAGUGUGACGGGAGACAGGAGGGGGCCUUCUCAGGCAGACUCGAGCCGCGUGCGGAUUCACGAGAAUGUUCGCGAUGCCAUGUUUUACAUUUAGGAUGUGAAUUGGAUAUGAUUGGUAUCUGAUGAGAGAAAUUGGAAUAAUUAUCAGCUGGAGCAUUGGAUUGCAUUU